AUGACCUGUGUCGACAUACCUGUCCCACCACACAGCAAACAUGGACCAACUCUCAGUGAUGAACUUCCAGCCUUUGGCGUGGGCCUUCAGCCACCCUUUCGCUUCAGCCCUCCUUCACCACGCCCUCACGGAUGUCACACAAGGCAAAAGCCUUCACCAUCGACGCCCUUCUGGGCAUCUGCAUCUCCGCUCUCCCUCCUUCAGCGGGAGUCCUCCGACACCGGCCUCAGGGACGCUCCCGGAAAGCUCAAGCGCCAUCGCACAGUGUUCACGGACUCGCAGCUUCAGCGGCUGGAGGAGGAGUUCCAGCGGCAGCAGUACCUGGUGGGCCCCGAGCGGCGGUACCUGGCCAGGCAGCUGGAUCUGAGUGAGCUGCAGCUCAAAGUGUGGUUCCAGAACCGACGCAUCAAGUGGCGCAAGAACCAGCUGAGCGCGACGCAGGAUCGCGACGCCUGUGCGUCUCCUCCGACGUCGCAGUAGGAAGAUAGCGGAGCCACUUUUUCUGCGAUCGAAGACA